AUUCCAAAAAAAAUUCAAAUUAACGCGGUGAUUUCACAUCCAAAAUUCCAAUUAUUCCCGCCGCCGCCGAUUUUCACACUCAGCGCAUCCAAGCCCAGUUCAUCCAGAUCUACGCCUACUAUCACCGAUCAGAAUCGCUGUACAUGCCGCGUCAAGAUAAUCUUCCAUGAAGUCAUAUGGACCACAGAAGAGAAAGAGAGUUGAUGUAAACAUAAAUCAGGAUGAAUGCAUCGAUGCUAAUGUAAAGAAACCUGCCAAUGUAACUGGUCAAGAGCCUCAGAGCACUUCAGAGUGUCUAACAAGGCCACAUUUAGAUCAUCCAAUUAAACUGCAGGUUCCAUCUAGAAAAAUUAAGCUGCAGCUUUUCCCAAUAAAUGAACAAGCUCGCUUAGGAUUAGAGAAGGAUGGUCACAAUCCAUUUCUAGAGCUCACUCUAAGUGCUCGGAAGAGGAUAUCAUCAGUUGUUAGACACCUGGAUGCUAAGUGGAGUUCUUCAAGUGCAGUGACAGGUCAACUCAUGCUUUUUCCCUACAACACAAAGUUGGAACAGUUGAAAUCAUGCAGAAGAUGGACUUUGAAUGACAGUGCCAUCAGUGUAUGGGAGGUGUAUAUUGAUGUGGGCAGUCCUUCCAUUUUCCGCCUAAGGUAUGGGUGGUUGUGCAAUCAUCAGACUGAGAUGUUUGUCAGAGUUUGCAAUUCUAGUCUUCCAGAGGCUCAUACAGGUUCUGCGGACAAAAUCAGCUCACCCAGAAUUUUGGUGAGCCCAAAUCACCAAGAGGCACAAACAAAUGAAUCUUGUGAAGUCCUUAAAAUACAAGGAAAUGCUGAUAGAAUUUUGUGUUCAGACAUGAAUGAGCUGAAAGCUUCAGAUGCACUAACUGGUUUGGUGGAUGAUAAAGUGACGACUGAGACUGAUCCAGUUUGCCCGAGUGUACCUUGGGAUAACGAUAUGACCAUGUUGAGCAUUGGAGGCCUCCUAUCUGAAAUAUCAUUGCAGGGGAAAAUUAGUGGAUCAUAUGCAAGCUCUACAAGCAAAACUCACGUGCAGCCUAUUGCACCAACAUCCGACUUGAGCAUCCGUGAUCUGCUCUCUCAAGAUUCUUUCUUGGGUAAGAUGAGAUGUCCAAGCAUGCAGCAGGAAAAUGAAUCAUCCUUGCAACCUCUUUUUCUGGGAUCCAGUGAUGUAAGCAUUGGAGGAUUAUUUUCUGAAGCAUCAUUACUUGCAAAGUUGAAAAAGUCAGAUUCACAAUCAGCGGAAGCAGGUCAUGCACCACUCCAAUCUCCAUGGGAUGAUAAUUUUACUACCUUAAGCAUUGGGGGCUUGUUAUCUGAGGCCUCGUUGGAGGCCAAUGCUGGUAGUAAGGUGGAAUUAAAAGAGAUCAAAUCAAGCUUUGAACCUCUUGCACCUUCCCGAAAGCCAAAACUAUCAAUGCAUGAAGCAAACUUAUCCAUUUUAGAUGCUGAAGAGACAUGCCAUGCUUUUCCCAUCCAGAAGUUUCAGUCAAACAGAAUUGGUACAAGCUCAAAACAAUCCCAAAUUCCAAGGGCUGCUAAGACGAUCAAUGGAAUGCUUUUUCCCAAAGAUUCUUCUCGUCAAGGAUUGGACAAAGAUUGCUUGCCUCGUCCAGUAGGAACCUUUGAUGAGGAUAGUAGACUAUGGCCUUUCAGGGAUCAAUCAGAAUGACCCUUCGAUUGGCUAUUGGAUGCAGCUGGAGCUGGUUGAGACAACAUUGAUCUGCGUAAAUAUAAUGUUUGAUUCUCCAAGAAAGCAAUCAAGAGGAGAAACUUGCUGUGGUCUUAAAUUGGAAUCAUCGAGGAGCUUCUAAUGCAACGCCGGUUCUUCUUAAGUAAAUUUUGUAGUUUACAUUUGUUCAACACUCUUGAGCAAGAUGUGUUUUGGUUGAGACAGAAGAAUGGUUCAAACUCUCUCUCUAUUUAGAAAAUUGUUUACUCAAGGUACACACUACACACUGUGUAUAUGAUUUUCACAAUAAGAUGAGCUUCUUCCAUAUGGGAUUCAAUUUUUUGUUAUUAAACACUAACUCAAUAUUCUCUUC